AUGGAACCCUACGAGAUAACGUGCUGUGAUAACCGUCCCCACCCCAGAGACCCGCUAUCCACUGAAGUCGAACCUACCAAUUGUACUAAGCCAGUUAUCAUUGGUCUGUAUGGCCUCCCUGGGUCUGGGAAGACUUUUCGAUUGGACAAACUCAAAACCGAACUUAGCAAUGACGAUUUUGCGUUCUAUGAUGGUAGUGCCGUUAUCGCAGCGGUGACUCCUGGCGGUCUCCAAGAAUUCCAGAAUUUGACGGAAGAGGCCAAAAACGAUUGCCGCGAGCGCGCCAUAGCCAAAGUCAAGCAGGAAUGUUGCACCACAGGCAAAAGUGCAAUCGUAGCUGGACAUUAUAUGUUCUGGCCAGAGCAAGACGAGAAUGGACAGACGGUUUGUACACCACGGGACCUGGCUACGUACAGCCAUAUCCUAUAUCUGGAUGUCCCCGCUGAGCUCGUCGCGGAGUUUCGUUUAAAUGACGGAAAACGCAGCCGUCCGAAAGUGUCAAUCUCCCAUCUGGCCAAAUGGCAGGUACUUGAGAAAACAGCACUUCGUCGUCUUUGCAGACACCACGACAUCCUUUUCACACUGGUGUCGCGCCCGUUAGCAUCUGUCAGCAAGCUAGGAUCCCUUAUUCGGGAUUUUCGGACUCACUCGAUCCCCCAUAACAAGAAUCUUGCCGAGCAAAAGAUGCUUGAGAUACUCACGGCCAACUCUGAUGGAGUGGAAACUGUGAUAGUGUUGGACGCAGACAAGACAUUGGCCCAGGAAGAUAGCGGAGUGCUCUUCUGGGAGCAUGUCCGCACAGGACCAGGCGCGGGCGAGGAUAGCGACCCCUUGAAAGCUUUGUUCAGCAGUUCCUUAGGAUAUUCCUACACUGCCUUUCGUCAGGCAACACUGCUGUACGAAGAGGCUUUCGGGGACGCAGAGUUUGAGGCUUGCUGUCAAACGGUGGCAUCAAUGAUACAUAUGCACCGUGAUAUUGUGAAUCUAUUGCACUUGGUUCGCGGAACGACACAUGUGCGCGCAGUUGUGGUCACCUGUGGAAUUCGAUCUGUUUGGGAGAAGGUCCUUGAAAGGGAGGGUCUUUCAGCGACAGUCAAAGUGAUUGGCGGUGGGCGGCUGCGUGACGGUCUUGUUGUCACGCCGUCGGUCAAAGCUGAAUUGGUGAAGUAUCUGCAAACCGUCAGACACCUUUACGUGCUUGCAUUUGGGGAUAGUCCUCUGGAUCUGGAAAUGCUCAAAGCGGCCGAUGAGGCUAUUGUCGUCACCGGCGAAGAAACGACACGAAGCAAUAGCAUGGAGAAGAAGUUAGCAGAGGCAGUUAGAGAGAACGGCUUCCACCCGCGCCAAGUAGUUCUGCCUGAUUAUGCAACACCGCGCCUCGGCACCAGGCGGCUGCCCUUGAUACGGUUGACGGAUCAACAUUUCAUCGCUUCGGUCCUUGCCAGAUACCAAAGCCUCCAUGUCCUUCACGCGACUGACCGACCAGCGGCCAAACUGCUCAUGACUCCAAUGCGCGAUGCAUCCGUUUCCGGAUCUGCGUUGCGAGAGGUUCAUCGGCGAGUUGGAUGCUAUUUGGGAACGGAGUUCUGUACCCAAAUCAUCGGUCUCGAGUCUUACCAUAUUACGCAUGUCCAAGGCCAUCAGGCUGACGGCUAUCGGCUAUCGAAUGAGAAAGCGACACUAAUUGUGCCGCUGAUGCGCGGCGGCGAGCCAAUGGCCUUCGGGGUCAACGAUGCCUUUCCCCUCGCCAUGUUCCACCAUGCGAAGGUUCCAAGUGACCUUCAACAUGACCAUCUGAAUGAUAUGGCCACAAUAAUACUGGUCGACUCGGUGGUGAAUACUGGAAAAUCGGUACUGCAGUUCGUCCAACAUAUCAGGAGUAUCCAUGCAACCAUUCGGAUUGUAGUGGUUGCUGGCGUGAUUCACUCGCAAACUGUUUCCGCCGGCAGAAUUGCUCGAGCACUCGGUCUCUUUGAAGGACUGUCCUUUACAGCUCUUCGCCUUUCGGACAACCAAUUCACUGGCAGAGGAACUACCGAUACUGGUAAUAGAUUGUUCAACACAGUGCAUAUGGCUUGA